AUGGCGGCCCCGACGAUGCUGUCGAAGCUCUGCCUGGUUUUGAUGUCCAACCGGGUGGUGCUUCGGUCAUGCCCUCACAGCCACCACCUUGACUUUUUUGACCACACCCUGCGGACACUUCGGGUUUUCUUUGAUCUGAAGCUUGCUCUCGGAAUUUUGGAGUUUAUAAGUUUGGCUGUAGGGCUGGUUAGCAUCCGCGGAGUGGAUUCUGGGCUUUACCUGGGAAUGAAUGAGAGAGGCGAACUGUAUGGAUCGAAGAAGCUCACACGAGAGUGUGUUUUCCGUGAGCAAUUUGAAGAAAACUGGUACAAUACCUACGCCUCGACCCUCUACAAGCACAAUGACUCUGAGCGACAGUAUUACAUCGCUUUGAACAAAGAUGGGUCUCCUCGAGAAGGAUUCAGGACUAAGAGACACCAAAAAUUUACUCAUUUUUUACCUAGGCCAGUAGAUCCUGCUAAGAUACCUGCAGCAUUCAGAGACCUUCUCCACUACAGGUGAUACACCUGCAGCUUGAGAACCAGUGUGGGUGUGCAUGCACAUGUCUGUGUAACAUAUAUAUGCGCACACAGUUGGGUUUCCAAAGUUUUUGCUGGAGCACUAUAAGCCCUAUUCAUUCCAUCCUUCUUACAAGCCUAGUUAACCCAUAGAGAAGCACUAGCCAUGAAUCCCUCGGCUUUUAAAGAAGUGUAUAACAAGGAUGAAUGUACUCUCCAGGGAACGGGAAGGGAUGGGACAGAGCCUGGAACCCUACCUAGGAUCAUGCAUUUUUCUAAUUACGUGCUUAAUUUGGUGGGCUAGGAAGAGGCAAUAAUUCACACUGGGCAGAAGAGAUUGUGUUUGACAACCACCACCAGCAUGGAUCGUAAGUCAUGCAGCCCGGCACAGAAGAAUUCAGAAACGAUUUGCUCAAAAGCUUGGAAAGCUAGCUUACUAAGGUGGCCCUUUGCGACUUACCAGACCCAAAAUCUGAUAGAUCAUGGACUUGCAUGGUGGUAAAAUGGAGAAUCCAAAUCUGAUUGGUGUUUGGUUCCUAAGGAAGGUGUGUGAGUGUGUCUGUAUAUGUGCAAGUACACACCUAACCUGUAUGUGUUUCCUUCCAUUGGAGUAUGACAGCAGAAAGGAGGAGGUGAGGUCAAAGAACGAGCAUUCUUAAGAUGUAAACACAAUACU